UGUCAUCCGGAUUUGAGUUUGGCACGCUAGACUGAACCCCAUGGCCAUGGGCCAGUGGGGCGCAUGGGUCCGUUCCACCUGUGCCCGCCUCACUUGAUUCUUCGACCCGCAGCAUUAGAUAUUUCUGAACAUAACCUGACCCGCAUUGUAUCAUUCCACCGAUGCCAAAAUCAGUCUAUUCCUCAAUCACUGACAUCAUCACUCUCCUCCUAAAUACCCCAAUUGUCCCUCCACUACCCAAACAAACAAAGGAUGUCGCACUCACCGAGUUGCCUCACUCGACUCCUCGACGACGUGCGGAAGAACUGGAGCUAGAGAGAUCUCGUAGCGUAGGCUUGGCGGCUGGGGACAUAAGUCUACAGAGAAUGUCAGGCGAAAGCCCACGUACAAGCACUCAGAGUCGUAGAAGCAGUGAUCAAUCUUCAAGAGACGACGUGCCUACUGGGAUGGUAGCGCCAGUUGUGCAUCAGUUGUCGAGGCGGUCGUCGUAUAUACAGGAGGAAUUAGAAAUCGACUUGCAUCUAGCGCUGGAUGCUGAGCGCGCAAUGAGGCAGGCAGAAACGUAGUUUCUCGGUUUGCAGGUUGUAAUACUUUAUGUUGGUUUGUAUAAUUGUCAAGGGUUCAGCAGCUGUAUCGUACAGUUGGCAGCUGGCCUUAUAGACACAAUUC